AUGGGAAUCAGGAAUCAGACGCAGGUGGUGGAAUUUGUCUUCCUGGGGUUCUCUGGAAUUCUGUAUGGUCAGACGUUUCUCGCCUUGGCAUUCUUGGCCAUCUACUUGGUCACGGUGCUGGGGAACCUCAUGAUAGUGAUUGUGAUUCAACUGGAUCCCAGUCUCCACAGUCACAUGUAUUAUUUCCUCAGCCAUCUCUCUUCCUUAGAUAUUUGCCUCUCCUCAGUCACCGUCCCUAAGAUGGUGGUGAACUUUUUGCGCCAGCAACAGACCAUCUCCUACAACCAGUGCAUGGCCCAGAUGUUCUUCCUGAUGUCUUUCACAGGGGCAGAGACUGCACUUCUGGCUGUCAUGGCCUACGACCGCUAUGCCGCCAUCUGUAAACCUCUACAUUACUCCCACCUCAUGAACACCAAGGUGUGUACAAUACUGGCCUUUGCCACUUGGGUCUGGGGCUUCUUAAACUCUGUUCUACACACAGCUCUAAGCACCAGGCUGGAGUUCUGUGGAGUCAACCAGAUUCAUCACAUCUUCUGCGAUCUCCCUCCACUGAUGAAAAUGGCUUGCAAUGAUGCACACAUCAAUGAAGUGGUAGACCACGUAGCAGGACUUUUUAUGGGUGGGGGGCCCUUUGCGUUCACCAUUUUCUCAUACGUCUUCAUCCUGUCCUCCAUCUUGAGGAUUCGUUCCACGACAGGCAAGCGCAAAGCCUUUUCCACUUGUGCGUCUCACCUCACUGUUGUCUUCAUUUACUAUGGAAAUGCGUUAUUGAACUAUCAGGGGCCAAGCACUGGUUACUCCUUGGCGACAGGCACUUUGGUCUCUGUCAUGUUCUGCGUAAUCACCCCGAUGUUGAACCCCCUCAUUUACAGCCUCCGCAACAAGGAGGUGAAGGGGGCCCUCAAGAAGGCAGCGGAAAGCUGGAGGAAGUGUGAACACCCUCAGUCUCUAAGUUAG